AGCAGUACAGCCGCGGCCGAGCAAAGCCAGCCACUUGGAAAGAGAUCGCUGCAGAGCCUGGCUUCACGGUGCUGCCCCGCGGCGGCAGAGAGAGGCUGCAGGAGAGCCGGCGCGGCGGCUGCAGACUGCGGCGCACUCACUCACGCGGCCCAGGAGCCCCGCGAGCCCCGCUCCUGCACGCGCCGCGGCUUGCGCCUUCCCGUGCCUCAGGGCUCCCAGCUUCUCCCCCUUCCCGCGGGCUCGUCAGGGCAGCGGCGACUCGAGGAGCAGCAUGAAUCUGCGGCUCUGCGUGCAGGCGCUGCUGCUGCUCUGGCUCUCCUUGACUGCGGCGUGUGGAGUGCCCCUGAUGCAGCCUCCUGAUGGGAAGGAGCUGGAGGAAGGCAAUGUUCGCUACCUGGUGCAGCCCAGGGCUUCGAGAAAUGGACCCUGGCAGGGAGGACGGAGGAAAUUUCGCCGCCAGCGGCCCCGCCUCUCCCACAAGGGCCCCAUGCCUUUCUGAAGCAGGACUGAAGGGGCCCCCAGGUGCCCACCCCCUGCAGUUCUCUCUACUCCACAGUUUGAUCAGCUUCUCUGGAGCCCUCACAUCCAUUCAGCUGUCGUCUUGCACCUGUUCUAGCUGCUGAUAGUUCCAGCUCUUCUAGCCCACCAGCUUCCCCUAAUGGUGUGGUCCUGCUCCUCAUUCAGAUGAUUCCAUUUCUCUCAUAAGGAUCCAUGUAGUCCACCUUUCCGGCCCUUCCCUGGACUGAUUUUGGAGACCCAGCUUCUCCCUGGCCUGCUGUACACCCUCAUCCCUACUUUACCUAUUUAAUGCCCCCACCCUUCAGCUAGCUCUUCCCUCCUCAAGUCUGCCCUGGAAUCUGGAUGGAAACACUCUCUUCUUCAGUGGACUCCUGCAGAUCUGUAUUUUCUUGUCAGUCGGACCCUCACUCAGCCACCAGAGAGGAAUACAAAGAUGUGCAAUGAGAGAUUCUAGUUAGAGGGGCUGGGUGUUGGGAUCCAGAGAGGGUACAUUGGGGGAACUGAAAUGGGGAGGAAUGGUCUUCUGGUGAAGUGGGGCGAGGCACUGCAAAACAGGAAUAGCCUCUUCCUCAUCCCUGUGUUUGGCUUCAUUAAGGAAGAAAAGAAGGAGAGGCUCUUUGAAGUACUUUGUUACUUCUGUCACCUUACUCUGUCUCCUAACACAUUCUUUCUCUCUAUCCCCUACAACUAGUUCAAGCUCCAGGUCACAUGGGGAGGGUGCUGGGCCUAAUGUGGCUCUGUACCCUCCCAGGAGUGAAUGCCAAAUAGGAAGGUUGUUUUUGCCAAGAAUCCCAGAAUAUCAGAGCUGAAAGGACCCUUGGAGAUCACUUAGCUCAACUUCUUUAUGCCAAAGCCUGUGAAAACAGAGUCCUGGAGUGAGGAGCGACCUGCUCAGGGUUACUGCUGAGUCAGAAUGGGGACCAGGUCUCCAGAUUCCCACUUGAUGAUGUCCUCUUCCCUCUUGAUGAUGUCUUCAAAACAAAUGUAGUGCCUUUUGCUGGGGUUAGGGCUGGGAGUGUCUGGGAAGGGAAGGGAGAGGCAAGCUGGCUGUGAGCUGCCCCGUUGUGGGGAUGGAGCUGCUCCCACCUCUCUUGCCUUCCCCUGCUGCUCCAUUCCCAACCUGGGCCAUAUGGUUCCAUAACUGGCCAGUUGCCCCUCUUCUGACAGCACUCCCAUGCCUGGUGACCUUUAACAGGGGAGCUCAGGCACUGGGAUUACUGUUCAGACCCAACAUUGGUUGUCAAAUGCCGGAAGUAGCCUUAAAUCAUUGAAUCCAAUGGCCUCCCCUUCGUGUUGAUUGGACCCUCUUUCCUAGUGGACUUCCUUGGGGAGCAGAGGGCAGAGAAUGACAAAGAAAGGGAAGGAAAAGAAGGAGAGAUGGGAGGAUGUACAGGUAGGGUUGCACUCCAUUCACCAGGGCUUAUCUUCCCUGAGGGGCCUCUCAGCCCUUCCCUCUUGGGGCCCUCUUGCGUUUGCCUGUGCAGAUUUCCUUCCCAAAUGCUUUCCAAGAGGGAGAAAAGGGAAGACAGAAGCUUGAUGCCCACUUACAUAUAUCUGGGGCAGGGGGAGUCAGGGCCCCCCAAGUCCCACAAUAACCCCAAUGUUCACCUGUCCACCUCCCCUCAAGUCCUUUCCCCUCUGCUGCUGCUAAUGCUGCUGCUGUACUGCUGCUGCCGCCAUUGCCUCAAGGCCCACCCUGGGGAGCCAAGCUGGGCACAGCCUCCCCACCCCACCAGACAUGGAGUGGGGUCUGGCCAGUGUCCACAAAGUCUCUUCUGCUACUGGUCUCCCCAGUAGAGACCUUGCCUUAUUCUUCCUUCCUGCAUCUCCUGCCUCAUCAGCCUGCCAUGACCUACAGCCAACCCAGCCCCAUGGGGAAGGGAAGAAGAGAGGGAGGAUGGCUGAGAGAGAUAGGAGACAGAGGGCAGAGGAGGAUAGUGGGUGGGCUAAGGGGGCUCUCUUAUUUAAAGUGGUUGUGUAUGAUUCUUAUACUAAUUUAUACAAAGAUAUUAAAACCCUUUCCAUUAAGAAAUUGUCCCCUUCCUGUAAUUGUGUUUGCUGUGUUUGUAAAGAUUGUUCUGUGUAAAUAUGUCUUUAUAAUAAAGAGUUAAAAGCUGAAAGUUUGCCCUUAGUCUUGGAGGUCAUGUUCAGAAGGGGCAUUUCCCCCACACAGGGCCAUGGUUGUCCCUGUGCCCACAGAUUGCACAUUCAGGGAGGUAAGUGCUUGCAUCCCAAAUCAGUUCUAGGUCAAGUGUCCUGAAACCGACUUGCCACAGGCUCACAAAAGCAAUCCAAGCAUAAUGGCCAGCUCACACGAAAUUCAGCCUGCUUUUUAGUCUUUGGCAUCUGUUUGGAUGUCCUAAUUUUUGUCUGGCAGCAGUGUCAUUUAAAGGAUUUUUAAUAAAAGCAAUUUACUUAACAUGCUGAUUACAAGUGGGAUUUCUAUUAAAAGUUUUGUAUUGGUGGGUGUCUUCUAUUUUAUCUACUUUUGAACACUUUCGGGACUUUUUAGCCAGUUUGCCUUUCUUUAAAAAAUGUUAUGUUUUCAGCAAUAAAUACAAUUGGUAAUGAC